GAAAUUUACAAAACGACAUAUAGUAAACCAGAACACCUUAGUGCAUUGGAUAGUCUAAAAGAACUGGAUAGUCGGGCAAUCUCGGCUCUCAAAACACUUAAAUUUAACGAGUUUGACAAUUUUCUGAUGGACACUAAAGCAAGUGUUCCCGACCAGCAGGUUUAUGGCAUAUUUCUUUGGCUGAUCGAGCAAUACUUGUUGGAGGAUGCUUAUGAAUUUAAGAAGCUGAGUGAAGCAGAAGAGUCCAAAGCCUUCCAAAGCACAGCCAAUUUUCGAGUCGUGGGACAAACCUGGUCAUACCCGAGCUUUCUGAAAUCGGAGAGUUGUAUCUCCUUCUUGGCAGCUGUCGUAAACUUCGAAGAAGUCAAACACAUUCCCGAUCAGCCUAUUAUAUAUGAUAAUUCUACGAACAAAUGUGUAUAG